UGUGUGUGACGUGCGUGUUUAUUUUGUAUUGUUUUGCUAGUUUUUUGAUAAUAUUAAUAUCUGAUUACCUGGUAAAAUAAACGCUAAAUAAUGUCUUCAGAUCCACUAAAUAUUUCGAGGCGUAAACUCAAUGAUGUACUUGGUGAGAAAUCUACUAAGUAUUUCGCUCACAUGAAACAGUGGUUUCGUAUGAAGUUAACCAAGGAGGAAUUCGAUGCCGAGGCUCGUAAGCUACUGUCCACCGACCAAGUGCACUACCACAAUGAGUUUUUACUAGCUUUGUUAAAUAAAGUGGAAGGAUUAGCUGAAGCCUCCAUUACUAUUGCCCAAGAAAAAGCGAGUACACAUAACAGGAACAGUAGAAGACACAAAAGGAGUUCCCGGACGUCGGAGAAAUCUAACUUUGAGCCUGUUGACUUGCUUGAAUAUUUGCCGCCAAAUUCUCCUCCAGGAGCUGGCAGUGACGGCGUCAAAUAUGCUGCUCAGGAAAUAUUCCUGCCCGACCAUGCUCUCGUAGUAGGUCGGUUCAUGCUAGCAGCAUGGGAGACAGGACUGGAGGGUGCAGAAGAUGACGCAGCCGAUGUCAUAGUGGUUGCUGUUCAGCACUUCCUCAAGAACGUAAUCACAGCAGUUGUAUCACAAAGGAAAGGCUACAAGACACUGAAUAAACACUUCAUGUACGAUGUAGGUGGGGAUAUGCCUAACAUGUGGUUGAGGAACACCGCUAAGCAUUAUGACCCUCAAAGAGAAGGUAGAGUGAGUGUGGAUGAAGGCAUGACAGAUCUCUUGGGGCCUAGAUGUCCUCCAACUAUUGAUGAGAUGGAACAUGCUGCAGCUUUUGAAAUUGCAUGCAGUGCCAACACAGAACCAAAUGAUGACAAACUGACCAUAGACGAGUUCUACAACACACUACUGAUUCACAAGAACAUAAUAUCUUGCCAUUCAGUGUAUGCUGUCAACAUGGAAAGACUAGCGGCUAUGUUAAAUCACCCUAGUUUGUAAGAAAAUACAAUUAAUUUAAUUUAUAUGUUUAAUAGUCAUAGUAUACAUCUUUAAAUAUAAUAAUAACAAAUAAUAAAA